AUGAAGAAACUGAGGCACAAAGAGAGGAGUUUUGACUCAUUUUAUACAGUUGAUAAGAUCUGUGACCAGAUCAGCGAUGCAGUUCUGGAUGCGCAUCUCAAGCAGGACCCCGGUGCCAAGGUGGCCUGCGAGACGGUGUGUAAGACGGGCAUGGUGCUGCUGUGCGGGGAGAUCACCUCCGUGGGCAUGGUGGACUACCAGCGGGUGGUGCGGGACACCAUCAAGCACAUCGGCUACGACGACUCGGCCAAGGGCUUUGACUUCAAGACCUGCAACGUGCUGGUGGCUUUGGAGCAGCAGUCCCCAGAUAUUGCCCAGUGUGUCCAUCUGGACAGAAACGAAGAGGAUGUCGGUGCCGGAGAUCAGGGCCUGAUGUUCGGCUACGCCACAGACGAGACGGAGGAGUGCAUGCCCCUCACCAUCAUCCUGGCGCACAGACUCAACGCCCGCAUGGCGGAACUGCGGCGCUCGGGGCAGCUCCCCUGGCUGCGGCCCGACUCCAAGACGCAGGUGACAGUGCAGUACACGCAGGACAGCGGCGCCGUCAUCCCCGUGCGCAUCCACACCAUCGUCAUCUCCGUGCAGCACAACGAAGACAUAACGCUGGAGGACAUGCGCAGGGCCCUGAAGGAGCAGGUGAUCAGGGCCGUGGUGCCAGCCCAGUACCUGGAUGAGGACACCAUCUACCACCUGCAGCCCAGCGGGCGGUUUGUCAUCGGAGGCCCCCAGGGGGAUGCGGGCGUCACUGGCCGUAAGAUCAUUGUGGACACCUACGGUGGCUGGGGGGCGCACGGCGGGGGCGCCUUCUCCGGGAAGGACUACACCAAGGUGGACCGCUCGGCCGCGUACGCUGCCCGCUGGGUGGCCAAGUCCCUGGUGAAGGCGGGGCUCUGCCGGAGAGUGCUUGUGCAGGUGUCCUAUGCCAUUGGUGUGGCCGAGCCACUGUCCAUUUCCAUCUUCACCUACGGAACCUCCCAGAAGACAGAGAGAGAGCUGCUGGAUGUGGUCAACAAGAACUUCGACCUUCGGCCUGGCGUCAUCGUCAGGGACUUGGAUUUGAAGAAGCCCAUCUACCAGAAGACGGCAUGCUACGGCCAUUUCGGAAGAAGCGAGUUCCCCUGGGAAGUUCCAAAAAAGCUUGUGUUUUAGUGCUGGUGGGACCGGGCCUGGCCGCACCACGGAGGCAUCUGGGUGGAACAGAGCCGUGUUCCUCUUCUCUAGGACCCCAAAUCUCAGAUCUCCCAGACCCCGGGCUUGGCCUUGCCCACCCACUGCCGCCUCCCUGGCAAAGGCAGGCCCCUCUGAUUUAGCAGGAGGAGGGGGCCUCCUGGUGCCGGGCUCAGGUCUCCUCGUGAGGGUAGUCACGAGGUUCCCCUGCCUCUCCCUCAGACCAAGGCGACGCGAAUUUAGUGGAAAUCCCACCCGUGUCGGCAGUAAAUCCCCUCGCUCACCUUCCGCCACAGCCUGGACGCU